AGAUAGUGCUGACCCUGUUCCUUUGUUUACAUGAAUGGGGAUUAAUGACAGGAAAACGAAUGGGGCCCAGGGGCGAACUGACCAUUUGCAAACUCGGGCACUGCCCAAGGGCCCGGGGUCAGUAGGGGGCCCCAUGAGAUGCCCCUGGUACCUUUUGUCAUAGGCUUUUUUGAGUUUGGGCAAGGAUACAGGGGCCCCAUGAUCCCCUAUUACCCGGGGCCCCGGGGUCAGUAGGGGGCCCCAUGAGAUGCCCCUGGUACCUUUUUCAUAGGCUUUUUUGAGUUUGGGCAAGGACAUGGGGGCCCCAU